GCUUCAAAGUAAUCGUAGUGACCCACUGCUACAACAACCGACACGGAGUGAGGUGGAUGGGGAACGGCAUUAAGGUGUACUACCUGCCCUUCGAAACAUACAUGGACGUGGUGACCUUCCCUAACAUCGUGGGGACGCUUCCCUUGUGCAGGAAUAUUUUGUACAGGGAGAAGGUCGACAUAGUCCACGGCCACCAGUUCAUCCUGCACGCAAAAUCCCUUGGCCUAAAAACCAUUUACACGGACCACUCGCUCUACAGCUUCUCAGACAAGGGGUGCAUCCACGUCAACAAACUCCUCAAGUAUUGCAUAAACGACGUCGACCACUCCAUAUGUGUCUCUCAUACCAAUCGUGAAAACCUGGUCCUAAGAACCGAAAUCAAUCCGUACAAAACAUCCGUCAUAGGCAAUGCAUUGGACACGACAAAAUUCGUUCCUUGCAUAAGCAAACGACCAAAGAUGCCAAGAAUAAAUAUAAUAGUGAUUAGUCGACUGACGUACAGAAAGGGAGUCGAUCUGAUUGCUAAAGUGAUUCCUCUCGUGUGUCAGAAGUACCCUUUUAUCAAUUUUAUUAUUGGUGGAGAUGGACCGAAAAGAAUUCUCCUUGAAGAAAUGAGGGAAAGAAACCACCUGCACAAUUCAGUUGUUCUUUUAGGAAAAGUGAAACAAGAAAAUGUAAAAAAUGUUUUACAAAGGGGACAUAUAUUUUUAAAUGCUUCUCUAACAGAAGCCUUUUGCAAGGUGUACAUUUUCAUAAUCAUGUUGAGCUACAUAAGCUGCUGGUUACUGGAGUGGCUCAAGCCGAGGGAGGACAUCGAGGAGGCCAUCAGCUUUCCCCACUUCAUUGAAGAGGAUU